AUGACCAGGAAUGAGCCCUUCAACCGCAUCGGCUCGAUCACGAGCUCUAGCAGAAGCAAAAUCAGAGGUAGCAGCAGCAGCAGCAGCAGCAGCAACAACAGAAGCAGAAGCAGAAGAAGCAAAAGCAAUGAUGACAGUCCGAGCACCGCAAGCGCCAUGAGUAGUACAUACUCUGCCGUCACUGUGAGGUCCUCGUCACCAUCUAAAUCGCAAUCGCCCUCACCCUCGACUGCCUCCACUACUCCCGCUCCCGCUUCCGCUUCUACUAUCUCCACUCCCAUUCCCACUCACUCGCCUACUCCCAAUCCGGCACCCAACGUUGAUACUCUAACACCAACUCCAUCAUCCUCCGCCGCCGCUGCUCCCGUUGCGACAGCUUCCCCUGCUGUUGCUGCUGCUCCCACCUCUAAUACCUCGACAUUCUCCUCGACGCCUCGCCAGCAACCAACCCCUACUCCUUCUGCUCGCCCAAGCGCUGAUGGCAAUGCUUCGUUGAGCAACCCGUGGUCCUCCUUCAAGGAUGAGCCUCAGCUCUCACCUACUGCUACAAACUUCGCCCCUCGCGCCGGCGCCAAUGCUCAUCCCAAAGACCGUCGCAUGAGCGACCUCACCAACUAUCGACGUGAGCUCGCCGUUCUCGAAACCUCCCGAGUCCCUCAGAUCCACCAGAUUCCGCCCACCGGCGGUGCGAGCCCUCAAAUAGCACCGUGGAUGAACCAGCCUGGUUCCCCUUCGACCUCUUCCAACAUGCCGACCACUUUCUUCAACGAUUCGAGCGAUAACCUCUCCCUCGCCUCCCAGCUUUCUCCGGGUCAUCAGAUCAGUAACCGCCAACCACAUCAGCUCCAGUAUCCUUCUCACCCCUCGCAACACGAUGCCCCCGAGGCUUCAUAUUUCGAUGGCAGGCGCCCAUCCGCUGCCAGUAUCCUCACGGCGAGCAGUCAGGGCAGCAAAACCAGUAUAACCAGAGGUGGCUUUCGCAAACUCCAGGGCUUCUUUGGCGAGGAAUUCCCUGGGCGCGAUAGCUCGGAUGGCAGCCUACCCACUUCGCUUGCGGGCAAGGACCAGCGUGGACGCUCUUAUAGUCACAGCCGCCCCAUACAUAGAGAUCGCAACUAUUCCAAUGCCACGGAUCACACUCGCGAUGCAUCACCAUCAUCUUCGAGACCGAGGACUCCAGUUCCUGCACCAGAGGUGGUGCCUUUUCUAUACCAGGACAACAGUGACAUCGCUCGAUAUGGCGAAGCUCCCGUCCGAGACAUCAUGACCGGACCCGAUCGAGAGCGAUAUGUGGGUGAUGGUUCCUCACAAAUUCCCCCAAAGACAUCGUCAUCCUCGAGGUCGGGUCAUUCUAUAGUUCACUUACCCGGGCAUCAUCGACACCAUAAGAGUAAUGAUGAUCCUCGGACACUGCGGCCGACAAUGAGUAGGGACGAUACAGCGAUCGGCACGCAGAUGUCGCGCGAUCGUGGGGGCAGUAGCGCCAUGUACUCAACCAAAUCUAGAGGCCAAAGCCCGACACCAAGUACUAGAAGUGCAGGAAUGACUUGGAGCACGAAAUCCUCACAAGUUGAUGGACAGACCUCGCCCGGUCAUCAUCAUGGCAAACGCGGAAUCUUUGGACGGCUUAGAAGGCACCACAAAGAUAAAGACGACAUUGCUAAACUUCGCGAUCUACCUCAAUCAACAAGAUCUCUCCAGCCGAAGACCUCGAAGCCUGACUUGCACCGCCCAAGCGAUGUAUCGACGACUACAUUACCGUUCUCGGGGACCUUUGGCCCUGGGGAGAUGAGCGAUAUCCCUGAUUUGCGACCAAAUCCAGGUCAACGUGGUGCAACUUUCAACAAUAAGUUUCCUUUCGCCAAGAAGCCACGAACCCAUCGGCCUCAAGACUAUGUUGACGAUGCAAUUGGUCCGACAGAUCGUAACGAUCCUAACAACAUAUAUCAUCUCGAUACUAACCUCAACGAUAUGGAGGGCAUCCUGACGAAACCUCCUCCACUUACACCUAUGGAUACUAGCUUCGUUAGCAAUGUCGAGCCUGAGCGUCACGAUUCCAUUAUCUCCACAGCACCAAAAGGCCGUUGGGAUGCUCCUGACAGUUGGGCAGUGCGACGCAACACCGAAGAUAACUCAUACCAUGGCCCUGAACCAGAUGAGAUUGGUAGCCCCCCUCGCCCAGAAGAGAAGGCAUCGCCAUACUGCAUUCGCAUCUUUCGUUCAGAUGGUACAUUCUCUACACAUUCGAUGCCUCUGGACUCGAAUGUCACAGAUGUCAUCUCACAAGUCAUUAAGAAGACUUAUGUGGUUGACGGUUUGGAGAACUAUCAUAUUAUAUUGAAGAAGCAUGAUCUUAUCAGGGUUUUGACACCCCCUGAGAGACCCUUACUUAUGCAGAAGCGGCUCCUGCAGCAAGUCGGUUAUGAGGAAAAGGAUAGAAUCGAAGAUCUCGGCCGCGAAGACAACAGUUACCUCUGCAGGUUCAUGUUCUUGUCUGCGAGGGAGAGCGAUUUCCAUGCCAAAACGACCGACAUGGGCCUGGCUCGGGCUCAGAAGCUCAAUUACGUGGACCUUUCUGGGCGCAACCUCGUCACAAUACCUAUAUCCCUAUACUCAAAGGCCAUGGAGAUCAUCUCUCUUAACCUCUCGCGCAACCUUUCGCUCGACGUCCCACGAGACUUUAUACAGUCUUGUAAACAUCUUCGAGACAUCAAGUUUAACAACAACGAAGCUAGGAAACUACCGCCCAGUUUGAGUCGAGCAAACAGAUUGACAUUUCUGGAUGUUGCAAAUAACCGGCUGGAGCAGUUGGAGCAUGCCGAGCUCAACUCUCUUACAGGGAUGCUGAAGAUGAACUUGGCCAAUAACCGGCUUAAACACCUGCCUUCUUACUUUGGAGCAUACCAGUCACUUCGCUCUCUUAAUAUCUCUUCUAACUUCCUCGACAAGUUCCCAACUUUCUUGUGCAAUCUAACAAGUUUGGUCGACCUGGAUCUGAGUUUCAAUGCCAUUGCGACAAUUCCUCACGAGAUUGGCGGCCUGAAGAACUUGGAGAAAUUGUUGAUAACUAACAAUAGACUGACACACGCUGUACCAGCGUCAUUCGGACAACUUGUCAGCCUGCGCGAACUCGACAUUAAGUAUAAUGGUAUCUCGAGCAUCGACAUUAUUUCGGAGCUCCCGAAACUUGAGACUCUUUCCGCUGAUCACAAUUGCGUCUCUGCCUUUGUUGGACAGUUUGAGUCUCUUCGCCAACUCAAAUUGAACUCGAACCCACUCAACAAAUUCGAGAUUGUUGCCCCCGUUCCUACACUCAAGAUAUUGAAUUUAUCGAACGCUCAGCUUGCCAGUAUUGACUCGUCAUUCGUCAACAUGGUCAACCUCGAGCACCUGAUAUUGGACAAAAACUAUUUCGUUUCGUUGCCCCAAGAAAUCGGUACCUUGAGCAGACUCGAGCAUUUCAGUAUCGCGAACAAUUCCGUCGGAGAGCUACCAGCUCAAAUUGGUUGCCUGACUGAAUUGAGAGUGCUCAAUGUUCGAGGAAACAAUAUCUCCAAGCUGCCCAUGGAGUUAUGGUGGGCAAAUCGAUUGGAGACUUUCAACGCCUCUUCAAAUGUUUUGGAACAUUUCCCCAAACCUGCUUCCAGAGCACCACGGAUACCGGGAGAGGAAUCACAACCGGCGCCCCCUCCUGUUAAUGGGAGAGCUGCACCACUUGGAACUCUGUCGGCCACAGCAAGCUCUGAAGAGUUGUCAGACGAUCGAAGACCCAGUCAAAAUUCGAGCACACUUCUCAGUGUCGGACCGUCUCCCCUUAACGCUGGCGACCGCAAGAGCUCCGUCGUGUCUGUUUAUGGGAAGGGUGGCCGUAAGACCUCAGUUGUGUCUAGAUCAGCAACUCCGUCGGCUCCCACGCAAACAGUCAACACCAGAAAAGAUUCUGGGAUGUCAUCAAGGCUUAACAACACAUUUGCUGGAUCCCUUCGUAAUCUUCACUUGGCCGACAACCGUCUGGAUGACGAUGUUUUUGAUCAGAUCACGCUGCUCGCGGAACUCCGAGUGCUCAACCUAUCUUACAACGACGAAAUCAGUGACAUGCCACAGAGAUCGAUCAAGAACUGGCCUCAACUAGUUGAGCUUUAUUUAUCCGGAAACGCUCUCACGACAUUGCCUGCCGAUGACCUAGAGGAGUCCAGUUUACUACAGGCACUUUAUAUCAACGGCAACAGGUUUACCAACUUGCCAGCCGAUAUCUCACGGGCCAAGAACCUCGCUGUUCUCGAUUGUGGCAGUAACUACCUGAAAUACAACAUCUCCAACGUGCCCUAUGAUUGGAACUGGAAUCUCAAUCCGAACCUCCGAUAUUUGAAUCUGUCUGGCAACAAGCGCUUGGAGAUCAAGCAGACGAACACAGGUCCUCUUGGGCCUGGCGCCGUCAAUCGUGAGGAGUAUACAGACUUCAGCCGUCUGCUCAACUUGCGUAUCCUGGGCCUGAUGGAUGUCACCCUCACCCAGCCCAGUAUUCCUGAUCAGAGUGAAGACAGACGUGUCCGUACAUCUGGAUCACUCGCUGGCCACCUGCCUUAUGGUAUGGCUGAUACUCUUGGAAAGCAUGAGCACUUGUCAACGGUCGAUCUCGUGGUACCAAGAUUCAACUCGUCAGAAACAGAGAUGCUCUUGGGCUUGUUUGAUGGACAAGCUUUAUCCAGCGGUGGAUCUAAGAUCGCUAAAUACUUGCAUGAAAACUUUGGCCACAUUUUUGCUGGCGAACUGAAGCAGUUGAAAACACGGUCGAACGAAACACCGGUUGAUGCAUUACGACGCUCGUUCCUCCAGCUCAACAAGGAUCUGGUCACUAUUGCUAUCCAGCAAUCCGACGAGCGGCCAUUGAAGACGCAUAGGGGCUCUGGCCAGCCUGUAAUACUCACCAAGGAAGACCUCAACUCAGGGGGUGUGGCAACUGUGGUUUAUCUUCAAAGUACGGAACUAUAUGUUGCAAACGUCGGUGAUGCACAGGCGAUGGUGAUCCAGACAGAUGGUACUCAUAAGAUGCUGACCCGCAAGCAUGAUCCUGCCGAGCCCAAUGAGAGAUCGCGCAUUCGCGAAGCUGGUGGAUGGGUUUCUCGCAACGGCAGACUGAACGAUCUACUCCAGGUUUCACGCGCCUUCGGAUACGUUGAUUUGAUGCCGGCCGUACAAGCAGCACCCUAUGUCAGCAACAUGACAAUCCGAGAGCAGGACGACAUCAUCCUCAUUGCGACUGGAGAACUCUGGGAGUACCUGACACCCGGUCUAGUGACAGAUAUUGCGAGAGCCGAGAGACAAGAUCUCAUGCGAGCGGCCCAGAAGCUUCGUGACCUGGCUAUCGCAUACGGCGCCUCGGGCAAAAUUAUGGUCAUGAUGAUUAGUGUUGCUGACCUAAAGCGACGGGUCGAGCGAUCCAGACUCCAUCGCGGUGCUAGUAUGUCGCUUUAUCCAUCUGGUAUCCCUGAUGACGCCCAGGUUCUCAAUACCAGGAGGGGCCGAAGGACCAAGGGCGAUGUUCUCGAUUCAUCCCUAAACCGACUCGAGGCAGAGAUCCCAGCGCCUACGGGUAACGUGUCGAUUGUUUUCACCGAUAUCAAGAACUCGACAACACUCUGGGAGAUGUACCCCAGCGCCAUGAGAUCAGCCAUCAAACUCCACAACGAGGUCAUGCGUCGACAGCUGAGACGAAUUGGUGGCUACGAAGUCAAGACUGAAGGUGACGCUUUUAUGGUCUCCUUCCCAACAGCCACGUCCGCACUGUUAUGGACGUUUGCCGUUCAGAUGCAGCUCCUCGAUGUGAACUGGCCAUCAGAAGUCUUGAACUCAGUGUCUUGCCAGCCUGUUUAUGACAAAGAUAACAGUCUCAUCUUCAAAGGACUGUCGGUGCGAAUGGGUAUUCACUUUGGAGACUGUGUGAGUGAGACGGACCCAGUCACACGACGUAUGGAUUACUUCGGACCCAUGGUGAACAAGGCGGCUCGAAUCUCUGCAGUCGCAGACGGUGGACAGAUCACGGUCUCAACCGACUUCAUCUCGGAGAUACAGCGGUGCCUGGAGAAUUAUCAGGAUACGGAUCGUGGGAACGCUUCUGGCUCCGAGGAUACCUUUGACGAGGAGACAUAUGCUAGUGCCAUUCGAAAGGAUUUGAGAUCCCUCACCUCUCAAGGCUUUGAGGUUAAGGAGAUGGGCGAGAAGAAGUUGAAGGGUCUUGAAAACCCUGAGGUUGUGUACUCGCUCUACCCUCAUGCAUUGGCUGGACGUAUCGAGUUCCACCUGCAGCAUGAGAGGAAGGAAGAAGGAGGAGGAGGCGGUGGUGAUAAGCCUGCUGUCCUUGCACCCGGAGCAGAGCUCAGUAUCGACCCAGAUGCAAUUUGGACUCUCUGGAGGAUCAGUUUGCGACUUGAGAUGCUUUGCAGCUCGCUGGAAGGCAACGAUGCACCAGGGCUACAACCACCAGAGACAGAACUGCUCGAGCGGAUGAAGCAGCGUGGAGGAGAAGUCACAGAUCGCUUCUUGUUGAACUUCUUGGAGCACCAAGUGAGCAGGAUAGAGACCUGUAUAUCGACACUGGCGAUGCGUCACCUUGCUACUGGUGGUGGCCCUAUUAAGGAACUAGAAGAUCUCCAGGGCCCAAUGACUGCAAUCUUGGAUAUGUUCAUGGCACAGAGGAAGGAACUUGAACGAUACAGGAGGAAAUAUGGUGCGCUGCCAAGCCCCUCCAGUAGCGAAGAUGAAGACGACGACGACGACGACGACGACGAUCCCGACACAGAGGAAGGGAGCGACACAGAGCAAGAGUUGUGA